AUGGCGGAUAGGUUUGACGACGACAUUGUAGCCGGCUCCGGCGCCGCCAAGUAUGGUGCGGACGGAGAUGUUGUGCGGGAGAAAGCGCCUGCCGCCGCCGCUUCUACUGAUGAACACAUACCGGCAGGUCUGUCCCACGGCGAGCGUGCGCAGGGGGCGGAUGCCAUCAGCGGCAUGGACUACGGCUCGCUCGGUGUGCUUAAUGUGGAAUGCGUCAAGAGCCUCGGAAGCGACCCCGACGUGCCGCUGAAGGACAGAAUCAGGCUUUGGCACGCCAUGUGUCCCACUGACUUCCUCAACCUUUUGGGCAGCUCUGGCGCCAAGGAGAGCUGCUGCGUCAUCCACGCCGAGUCGCUGAUCGUGCAUGUCGUCUGCAGCGCUGAGAAGGAGGGCAACGUCCUGCUGGACUUCGCGAAGGGCCCGCAGACCCUGCAGCUCAUUUACCGCGUUGAACGCAUUUUGAGCCAGAUCGUGAGAUGCGGCGGGACGUUCGAGCUGGUGUUCUUCGACGUCUUCAAGCAGCUGUUCGACCCGACCUACUGCCAUGCAGCUGAUGGCGAGGAUGAGGAAGAGCAAGCGCAGUUCUUCGACGGCUAUUUGCUUUUGCGGGAGUUGCUGCUGACGCACGCGAAACUCAACAACAUCCCGCACUUCGUCUUCCGGGAUUGGUACGACAAGGACUGGAUCGACCAUGUCAACCACUGCGACCCGUCGUGCGUAUUGGUCGAGGAGGGGUCCUCGUUCCUCUACAAGCAUCGCACAGUCUAUGAACUGGUGGACACCACGACCACUGGGGAACUCAACGAGCAGAACGGUGAAGUCGUGGAGGAGUUCCAGGUCCAGCAGCGGUACAUCGACAGGUUCACGUUUGCGGCACACGCGUUGGUGAUGCACAGCCUGUCUAUGAACGUGUCGGUCGCUUACUUGUUCGAGAUCGGGCCUUUUGCGCACAACUUCAAGGCGUUCACCUCGUUCCCCAGCAACUGCACUCCGCCGCCAGCUCUGUUAGAAGAGGUGGAGGCGCAGUUCCGCGCCGAAUACCCAUAUCGCAGCGUACAGGAUGGCGCGGCACAGGACGAGGAGGACGCCGUUGUGCCCGAACUCAUAGAGGAGCUCGCUGGUCUGGGCGUGGAGCCGCGGCUACGGCAAUUGGUUGCGUGCAACUACCUGAAGAGUUUCACGGCGAUGAAGCAGGAGGCGGGUGAUGACUUGGACGAGGAGACCGCCCUGUAUAUCGACAGCUGCCUGCUGACAUUCAAGGUCCUGCUGCUGCACAACUACCUUUUGGACGUGCUUCCGCUGGAGAGCAGGUGCACCCGCCGAAUCGACGCCGAAAAUUGGGAGUUCUUCACCACCUACGUCGCGGCGACCCUGGACCUCAUGGCGUCGACCACCGUGCCCGUGUUCAACGGAAUCGCGAAGAAUCUCGGCAAAAUGGGCGACUCUAAGAGGGAUGUGGCCGACCUGUUCGACGGCAACCUGUUCACUUCCAUUUUGCACUGCAUGGCUGUGUACGCGAAGGACCACGGCAACAAGGUGGAUGGCGCAUUCAUCAGUUUGGAUAAGGACCUCUCUGCGAGCAUGGACAAGAUGUACGGGCACUUCUCCGGAAACCUUAAUGACACCGUUUUCCCUAUCGACUUGGCUCCAUUCGCCGACGUGGGCAUUUAUGACUGCCUCGAGGCCGACUCUGGCGUUUCCGACGCCGAUAACGUCGACACCGAUGUGCUCAACGUCGACAACCAGUUCGUUAACAUGUACUUCGGUUUGAACGCAUUCCGAGACAAGGUCAAAUUCUACAACGGCGACAACUCCAACCUGCUCACGACCUUUGCUGGCACCAACUGGAGGGACCCCGCGCUGGUGUCGGAGAAAUUGGAGUGCAUAGACUACUUCUUCAAAGUCGAGAAGCCGGACAAGUUCGCGAAUAUGCCUAAACGCACGCAAAGGCAGGAGCAGCGGAGUAUGCAGCGGCAGACGGCGUUCUCUCACUUGCUGUCGAGGUACAUGGGAUCUAACAACCUGCACCACCCGAUCGUGCCCAAACUCGACCACCCGUGGUUGGAUGUCAAACAGAAGGCUCUUGAGGAGAGCGAGCAAACGAAAGACGAGCCAACUGCGGAUGCACGCGCGGGCGCUAAGCCCGGCAAGAAGGAGAAGCACGGAAAGGAGGCGAAGAAGGAAAAGGCGCCCAAGGUGAAAACGUCCGCCAAAGCGGAAUUGUUGAAGCAAAAGCACACGGCCGCGCAGGAAAGCAAAGGCAGGGAAGCCGACAUGAAGACCCUGGACCGAUAUUCUGGUAGACUUGUUUCCCUGUUCUCUCCUGAGCACGACUUCGACGUUAUCUACACGAACAUCCUCGAGCACACCGCAGGUCCGAACCGCGCUGUGGACCUCACGGAUGACUUUAAGUGGCUCAAAAGCGUUAUCAACACCAAGGCCAUCCAGUUGCAGUUUGUGAUAAAGAUGAUCGAGACGCUGUUGCGAACCUUCGAGGGUUACCGCAUGCGUGCCCUGAACCGAAGGGGCGCGAGGGCGUCGCUCAGGCGCACCAUCUGCAUCACCUUGCGGCUCAUACACGACUGCUUCAAGGAAUACAAAACUUUGAUCGACGGUCCGGGAAUAAGCCUUUUGCAGAGGUUCCUUAUAAGGCUCGGCAUGCCGGUGAGUGCCCGCAACCUGUUCGAGGCGUGGCUCAAGAUCCACGACGACAAGAAGAAUAAGAAGUUCAAAGUUGAAAGCGAGGAAGCGUUUGACUAUGCGAUUCCAAAGGGCAUGGAGUUCGAGUUCCAGGUCGCGUAUAUGGGCGACCUCAUGGAACGCACCCUGGGCUCCACGGAGGACCCUAGGGUGCUGUUCAAACCUGACGCCUGGCAGAAAUUGCUGCUGGAUGCCGUCGAUGCCCGGGAGUCUGCGCUGGUGGUGGCGCCCACGUCCACCGGUAAAACGUACAUCUGUUACUACGCCAUGGAACAGGGACUGAGGCUGGAUGACGAGGGCAUCGUCAUCUACGUGUCACCGAACACUGCGCUGGCCAUCCAGGUCACGUACGAAAUUACGGCCAGGUUCUCGUCGAAGAACUACACGACACACUCGUGCGCCGCGGUCCUCAGCGCGACCUUCCUGGAGAAGUUCCACGACCCCAAGUGGAACUGCGCGCAGAUUCUGGUGACGGUUCCGGCCAUCCUUGAGCAGCUGCUCAUUUCUAUGAGGACCAGCGAACUGGGUUACGCCAAGCGAAUCGAGUACAUAAUUUUGGACGAAAUCCACUGUGUGUCGGAUGAGGAAAUCGGGCCGUUCCUCGAGCGUAUCAUUCACCUCAGUGCGGCCCCGUUCUUGGCGCUGUCUGCCACUGUGGGUAACCCGAUGCAGUUCCACUCGUGGCUGUCUAAGGUGGAGACGGUUCGCAUGAACACUAAAAAUGCGAAGGUGCACUACAUUUACUUCGACGAACGGUUUUCUGACCUCAAGCUGGAGUUCUACUCCAAUAAGCACCUGGUGCCGCUCAACCCCGCCACCUGCCUGUCGUACGACAACGUGAAGACCAGCGGGUUCCCCAAGGACCUCUACCUGAUGCCGAAGGACCUGAUGGUAUUGCGCAGAUGCACCACCGCCGUCAUGGGCAACCGGUGCCCCGACCUUGACUACCUGGACCCGGCAGUCUACUUCAGUGGUACCCCGAUGAUCACGAAGAGGCAGUACCGGUACUGGCUGCAGACCUACAUAACCGAGUUCACGAGGCAGGUCCAAAGCGGCGUGAUCGGUGAGGAUGACUUCCGUAACAUCAUGGACAACCUGAAGUCGGUGAACACAUCGGUGUCUCCGGCUGACGCAAAAGCCGCGGUCGACGACACCACUGAGGGGAUUUUCCGACUGUACCCCUCGUUGAAGCCGCUGCAGCCCAAGCAUAGCGUAGGCAGCAAUGCGUCAGAUGCCAACGGUGACGCCAACGCGGAGUCCUCCAGCAGGAGCCAAGGAUCGGCGCUUCAAUCAAGCAUCACCGAGUCGCGCGACUAUUUGGACCCGGCUGAAUCGCUGGCGUUGCUUGACACUUUGGAACAGACCAAGAGGUUGCCGUGCCUCGGCUUCACGUUUGACCGUAACCACAUGGAGCACAUGCUGAUAUCGAUGACGCAGCUGCUGAAACGUCGGCAGUGGGAGAAGUACUACGGCACCCCCGAAGCCAGGGCGUGGACCAACGCCGAGAACAAGCGUCGCAUGGACCACUACCAGAUGCUGAUGCGGCAGUACGAAGCCGAAACUAAGAUGCGUGGCGCCAGCCGCGAACAAAAGGAGGAGCAGGGUAUCGGCGGCAAGGUCGAGGAGUUCAUCGAGCUGCCUGAGGAGCCGGUUGACGUCGCUGAGGACUAUGACCCCGAGUUCAAUUAUUACAAUCGCAAGAUUUAUGUUAACUACACUGAGGAGGUGGAAAACUUCAUCAAGAUCGCGGCCGCGUCGAUCAGCGGGAGGAAGAAUGUGGACAUUUUCAUCGAGGCCAUGCGGCGCGGUAUCGGCAUCCACCACGAGGGUCUGCCGCACAAGUUCACGAUGCUGACGGAAACGCUGUUUAGGAUGGGCUUCUUGAGGGUAUUGCUAUCCGGUCGCAGUCUGGCGUUCGGUAUCAACGUGCCUUGUAAGAGUGUCGUCUUCAUGGGCGACAACCAUGAGCUCAACCCGCUCAUGUACAAGCAAAUGAGUGGUCGUUGUGGUCGUCGUGGUUUCGAUCUUUCAGGCCACGUCAUUUUCUGGGGCAUUCCGAUGAAACGUGUACGGCAGCUGUUGACUGCCCAACUCGCCAAUCUGUGUGGGUAUGCCUCCUGCAGCCCCACUGAGUCGCUGGCGACGUUGUCCGCCUUCAACAGUCUGCUGGUGUCCGUCAGGUCGAGGCCGCCGCAGCAGCACAGCAAGGGCAAGAUAUCCACCACUGACGCGCGCGUUCGCAAGAACGAGGUUAUAGCAAGGAGCCGUGAUGCGGUUGUGAACCCGCGCACCGUGGUGAAGCGGCUGGCAUCGAUAUUCAUGCACCCGCUUAAGCCUCAAUCCGACUUCAGUGACGACGAGGUUCUUAUAUUCCGUGCGUGCGUGGAAACGUUGUUCAAGCUCGGCUUCAUAGAUUCCAACGGGCUCGUUCGCGGCUGCUGCGAGCUCGCGAUGCUCACCAGGGAGGCCCACCCCACCAACCUAUUCGUUGCGCACCUAGCGCAGAGGGGCAAACUGCACGAGCUGGCUGGUAGGGGUGAAGCGGAUUCCGCCGACAAGCUCAUGGAUAUAAUCUCCAAAUUCGCGUACAAACGUAAGCAGCUCGGGACUACGAUCACCCUGAGGCGGCUUCUUCCGCAGCGGGUGCGCUGCGGUGACAGGUACACGGCAAAGCUUGUGUCCAACCUUGAUGUGCGUAACAAAGAGGGCAGCGUGGGGGUGGAGCUGCUUUAUCCAGACUCCUUCCCUCUGUUGCCCGCAACCGCAGGCGAACUCCGCAAGAUGAUCGACGAGUACAACGCCAUGGUGCUGGGCGUCCUAUCGAAGUACCAGGCGCACCUGAAACCCAUGGAAGCCAAGCUGCCGCUGUCCAACGUGGACUUCCGUUGCACAUCGCAGGACGCGCCCAGCUGGUUCACUGAGAGGAGGCGUGGCAUGCAGUUCAGCAGCCUGUAUUCCCCGUUCGUUGCUAUAAACGGCAUCAAGGGCCGCUUCAACACCGCCCGCGAGCUGUGGCUUGGCACUCGCGCGUCAUCUGAAAUCACCCUGGAUAUGGUGCCGACCAUCGAGUCCUUCGAGAUCGACGUCGUGCAGCUGGACCCUCACUACAACGUGCUCAAGCAGCUUGCGAUGUCGCUCGACAACUCUUACGUCAUUGACUACUGGAGUCACGGCCGCUUCUCACUGGCGCGUGACGCCAACGGUCUCGGCCAGUACGCGUGGUUCCACCUGAGGAAGAUCGUGAUCCUGCUGAGGCAGAUGAAGCUGACCCUCAACGCCUACACCAACGGCGGUACGUGGGAAGACCCGCUGCAGUUGGCCGUGGAGGAGGCCCUGGAUCGCUACGAGACUGCCUUCAACCGCAUUUAA